GUGUGUAUAAUGUGGAUACAAAUGCAGUUAAGUCAGUAUCAUUGAUGGAGGGAGAUUCUGUCGCUCUAAACACUGAUGUUACUGAAAUACAGAGAGAUGAUCAGAUACUGUGGAUGUUUGGACCUCGAGACACUCGUAUAGCUGAAAUCUAUAAGCAGAUCAUUUCUAUAUAUGAUAACAACGAUAAGUUCAGAGAUAGACUCAGCGUGGACAGUCAAACUGGAUCUCUGACCAUUAAAAACAUCCGAACUGAACACACUGGACUUUAUAAACUACAGAUCUUCAGUCACAGAGGAACUUCAUACAAGAGAUUCAAUGUUACUGUCUAUGCCCAUUUGCCCGUUCCAGUCAUCACCAGAAGUACUUUAAAUUGUUCUUCAUCAUCAUCUUCAAACCAGUACUGUUCACUGUUGUGUUCAGAUGUGAAUGUGAGUGAUGUGACUCUCUCCUGGUACAAAGGAAACAGUUUAUUGUCCAGCAUCAGUGUGUCUGAUCUCAGCAUCAGUCUCUCUCUAUCUCUGGAGGUGGAAUAUCAGGAUAAAAACACCUACAGCUGUGUGCUCAACAAUCCCAUCAGAAACCAGACCAAACACAACAUCAACAUCACUCAACUCUGUCACAUGUGUGAAGACUCUGUCCAGUGUUGUGGUUUCACUGAAGCUGUGAUCCGAUUGGUUGUCUCUGCUGUGGUGGGCAUGACUGCUGUUGCUGUGGUGGUUUAUGACAUCAGAUCCUGAGCUAAACAGAAGAGGAGAGCACAAAUAUAUGAGGACUCUAACAAACAGUGUUUCUGAAAAAAGGAAAAAGGC